AAAUAACAUUUUUAAACUACUAAUUACCUAUCGUUCUGGUAGUUGACAUUUCAUAAAACUUUUAAUUGUUAAAAGGAAAAGUUUAUAUCCCUUCUCUUUUAAACAAUUAUGAUUUAUAAAUUAUUAACCUGUUCCUACAUUAUAUAUACACUGUAUAUAACCCCAAUUAAUGGUGGAUGUCCACUUAAAAAAGAUUGCAAUUGCCUAAAAAUUGAAAAAUUCUACGAAUCGAUCGACUGCUCCAAAAAAGGUCUUGUAACUGUACCGGAAACGACAGAAACGAAGAUAACUGUUGAAAAAUUUUCAUUAUUAAAUAAUAAAUUAAAAACUAUACCGAAAAAUUACUUUGAAAGUUUUUCACAAAUUAAAUCAUUGGAUUUAGAUGAAAAUGAAUUUUCGGCUAUUCCAGAAGCAAUUAAAGUUCUAAAUGUUACAAAGACUAUUUGGAUUCAAAGCAAUAAAAAGUUGAAAAAAUUGACGAAAGGUUCAUUUACCGGUUUAAUAAGCUUAGAAGAAAUAUUCUUAUCGAAAAACAAAAUAGCAACUAUUGAAAGGGGAACUUUCGACGGUUUAAUGAAACUCGAGACGCUUACAUUGGAAAAGAAUGCAAUUGUUUCGAUAGGAAACGGUUUAUUUGAAGGUGUUGAAAAUUCACUCAAGUACCUGGAUUUGAGCUACAAUAACAUAAGUAAAAUAGACGACGACGCCUUCUUAAAUCUUACAAGAGUAGAUACGUUGUUUUUAGAAAAGAAUAAAAUAAAACGUAUUACAAGGGAACAAAUGCAUUCGUUAAUUAGUAUAGAACACAUAAAUCUGUCCGAUAAUUUAAUUGAAACAAUUGAUGAGGAUGCUUUUAAAUCGUGGACUAAACUUAUAUACAUCUCUCUAUGGAAUAAUAAGCUGGCAUCAGUUUCGCCUAGUUUAUUCUCUACUAUUGCCCCUAGUUUGGACUUUAUAAGUUUGGGAUCGAAUAAGAAUAUUUCACUUGACAAAGAUUUCCUUAAAAAUUAUGUUCGACUAGAAACACUGGACUUGAGCUAUACAAAAACUACCAGUUUACCUACUAUAACUCAUUUGAAGUUCUUAAAGCAAGUCUUCAUUAUUGGUACAAAGAUAAAGACGAUUUACGAAUGUGAAUUUGAGGGUUUAAAUCUGGACAAAAUUGACUUAUUUUGGGAUUAUACUCCCGUUAAUUGCACUUGUGAUUUAAAUUGGAUGAAAAAGCUAUAUACUCCUGAAAAACUGAAAAAUUCCAAAUUACAUUUAGAAUCUCCAGUUUGUAGGUAUCCGAAAAACUUGAAGAAAAGCCAAUUAGUUUAUGCAGACCUCUGUCCAAGGGGUAGCUCAAAGAAAUGGUGUAAUUAUUCAAAACCUAUUCCAAGUGGUGGUAAAUCAUCAAAAUCGGUUAUAUCUAUAACAAGAGUUGUUGAAAUGUCAAGUUCUCUUACUAUAAUAUGGGAAAUAAAUGAAGAUAUACCAAUUAAAAGCUUUUUCAUAACCUCAAAAGGUAAAAAUGGAAACAGUUAUCACUUAACAAAACAUCUUCCGCUUUCGGACAGAGAGUAUAAAUUUUCGAAAUUGAAAGCUCACAAAUACUACGUGGUUUGCGUUGUAGCAAUUGAUUCAAUGAAUGCAGAAAUAUCAAGAUCCUGCGAAGAUACAGAAACAAGUGAUACAGUCGUCAAGAAAUUAAGUCAUAACGAAAUAGGAGCAAUUGUUGCCGGGAUACUAGGAUUUUUGAUAGCCGCACUUUGUAUCGGUAUACUUGUGUAUAUGAAUAGGAGAAUUUUGCAUAAAAUGUUUAUAAAGACAAAUGAUACACAAGGUAUUGAUAACAUAGUUUACGAUGGUCAAAGAGAUUCCGUUCACAUCGGCAAUGGAGUAGAUCAACCAGCUUCCAGAGAGGCUAAUAACCAGCAUGAGACAAAUCGAGGUAAUAUGUGGAAUUAUGGACAUUUGAAUGAAACUUGAUAUGCAAUACACAACAAAAAUCCAUAAAUACAGUAUAUAUAUAUAUAUAUAUAUAUAUAUACAGUAUAUACUCAAUAUCUCGUGAAUAAAAGGGAUAUUCAAUUACUGUUUAAUAAUAGUUAACAACAUUAUUAGAUAUUUAUCAAAAGUUGUCUAUAUAACUAUCGAUAGAGCGACUACAACCAACUUAUAAUUAAUCACUGACAAUAGAAUAGCAUAAUAAAACAUAAUAAAGCAGUGUCAUUCUAUCUUGAUCAGUAAAUGAAGAACUUCUGUUUAAAGUGUUUUCUCCCUUUUUUUUGCUAUUUCGCC